AUGGACAGUGAGCUGGGACAAUCAGUUAGACAAACGCCCCAGAAUCCUUCUUGUAGUGGCAGUGGUGAUAGGAAUGACAUGGCCAACUUCAAUUGCAGUAUCUGUUUAGAUUUGGCUAAAGACCCAAUUGUGACUCUUUGCCGUCACCUUUACUGUUGGCCUUGUCUGUACAAGUGGUUUGGGUACUUGGGAGCUCAUUCUCUUCCUCCAGAAUGUCCUGUUUGUAAGGCCUUCGUACAGGCAGACAAGUUGGUUCCUCUUUAUGGAAGGGGAAAGACGAGUGCGGAUGAUCCCAGAUUAAAGUCUAUUCCUGAAACUGACAUUCCAAAUCUCCCGGAAGCGCAGAGGCCAGAAACAGCAAAUCGUGCUCCGAAUAUGAAUCAGUUUCCUCCGCUUGAUUUUGGAUUCAUGGGAGUAGAUACCCCAAUGGCUAAUGUGACCAUUACGAACUCUUUCACAUUCAUUUACCCUACCACCCCUUCGCAUCCUACGAGUCAAAUGCUGCAAUAUAUCGCUGGGAAGAUUCCAUUGUUGUUGUGUGUUUUUGUGAUCCUUUCACUUGUAUGGUUUUGGUUUUGUUAG